AUGCGCCAAUGGAAAUAUGCACCUGUUAGAGUGACGCACAGCGCGUAUUCUUCAAACCAGGAAUGGCCAGGGUUUUCCAGAGGGCCUUUGGACUCCGCAACACGCCGUUCUGACCAGUCCAGAAACAGCUUUCGAACAUUCACAACAGAAAAUGCAGAAAAGUCCAAAUCUUCGGCCCCAGAGAGACGGCCCUUCUCCAGGGUGACUCAAGAAGAUCUGGCCUGGUUCCAGAGCAUCCUCCCAGGCAGAACCGUCACAGACCCGGACCUGCUGGAGUCUAAUAAUGUGGACUGGCUUAAGUCUGUCAGAGGUUCUAGCGAAGUGCUGCUGCGACCCCAAACCACAUCUGAAGUUUCUCAAAUUCUUCGGUACUGCAACAGCCGUAACCUGGCCGUGAACCCUCAGGGGGGCAACACGGGGCUGGUGGGGGGCAGUGUCCCGGUGUACGAUGAGGUCAUCCUGUCCACCGCGCUCAUGAACAACGUGCUGAGCUUCGACCACGUGUCCGGUAUCUUGACGUGCCAGGCGGGCUGCGUGCUGGAGAGCCUGUCUCUGUACCUGGAGCAGAGGGACUACAUCAUGCCCCUGGACCUGGGGGCCAAGGGCAGCUGCCACAUCGGAGGCAACGUGGCCACGAACGCAGGGGGGCUCCGGCUGCUGCGCUACGGCUCUCUGAGGGGCACCGUGCUGGGGCUGGAGGCGGUCUUGGCCGACGGGCGUGUCCUGGACUGCCUGAGCACCCUGAGGAAGGACAACACGGGCUACGACCUCAAACAGCUGUUCAUCGGCUCCGAGGGAACGCUGGGAGUCAUCACCGCCGUGUCUGUGCUCUGCCCACGCAAACCCAAGUCUGUCAAUGUCGUCUUUCUAGGCUGCGAGACGUUCGAACAGCUCCUGCAGACGUUCCAACUGUGCAGAGGCAUGCUGGGAGAAAUCCUGUCUGCGUUCGAGUUCUUGGACAGCGAGUGUAUGAGGCUGCUGAAGACCCACCUCAGACUGUCCAACCCCAUAUCAGAUUGUCCGUUUUACAUCGUCAUAGAAACGGCGGGAUCGGACGCAAACCACGACAGCGACAAGCUCCAUCAUUUCCUGGACGAAGCCAUGAACACGUCUCUGGUGUCGGACGGGACGGUGGCUACAGAGGAGUCCAAGAUACAGGCGCUGUGGUCCAUGCGUGAGCGAGUGACCGAAGCUCUGACCCACGACGGCUUCACCUACAAGUACGACAUCUCCCUCCCCGUGGAGCAGAUCUACCAGCUGGUCCUGGACAUGAGGCAGCACCUGGGGGAGCGGGCCCGCAGCGUGGUGGGGUACGGACACGUGGGCGACGGUAACCUGCACCUGAACAUCACGUCUGGAGCCCGGGACCCCGCGCUCCUGGCCUCCAUCGAGCCCUUUGUGUUCGAGUGGACGACGAGGCAGAAGGGCAGCAUCAGCGCCGAGCACGGCCUGGGCCUGAAGAAGAGGAACUACAUGAGCUACAGCAAAGCUCCGCAGGCCGUGGCUCUAAUGGGGGACCUCAAACACAUGCUGGACCCUAAAGGCAUCCUCAACCCCUACAAGACCCUCCCAGACCACCUCACCAGGCUGGACUAG